AGACGCGCGAGGACUUCGUCGAACUCCACGCCGCGACGACACGUCGCGCCCCGCCUUCGACGCCCUCGAACGUCGCGCGAGAACGGAACCCCCGUCGGUGAGAUCGGCGCGCGGAGGAGCAGAUCGGCUCGGAUCUGAGAGAAACUCUGCGCCGCGGCACCUUAGUUAGGUCAACAAGCGAACCGUCCGCGCGCGUCGUCGACUCGCGCAAUGUUCCAAACCAGGAGCGAGUACGAUCGCGGCGUGAACACGUUCUCCCCCGAGGGACGCCUCUUCCAGGUCGAGUACGCGAUCGAGGCGAUCAAGCUCGGAUCGACCGCGAUCGCGAUCCGCACCGAUCACGGCGUCGUCCUCGCGGUCGAGAAACGAAUGAGCUCCCCGCUCAUGGAACCGUCGUCGCUCGACAAGAUCAUGGAGAUCGACUCCCACAUCGCGUGCGCGGUGUCCGGGCUCACCGCGGAUGCGCAGAGCAUGGUGGAGCACGGACGCGUGCAGGCGCAGAACCACUACUUCACGUACAACGAGCCGAUGCCGGCGCAGGCGCUCACGCAGGCGCUGUGCGAUCUGGGCGCCAACUUUGGCACGGGCGAGGAGGACUCGAUGUCGCGGCCGUUCGGCGUCGCGCUGCUCGUGGCCGGGUACGACGAGGACGAGGGGUACCAGCUGUACCACACCGACCCGUCCGGGACGUUUCUGAAGUACAAGGCGAAGGCGAUCGGCAGCGGGAGCGAGGGCGCGCAGACGACGCUCCAGGAGGAGUAUAAGGAUGAUUUUACGCUGGAGCAGGCGGAGACGCUAGCGCUGAGCACGCUGAAGGCGGUCAUGGAGGAGAAGGUGAACACGACAAACGUCGACAUGGCGUGCGUGGGGCCAAAGUACAAGCGUUACGGGAACGACGAGAUCAAGGCGAUCAUCGAUCGGCUGUGACGCGUCUGGGAGAGAUGAGAAUCGAUCGACGCGUCUGUGAAUGAGUGAAACGAUCUCGCG